CUCCUUUUUCUUCGGGAAAACGCGCAGGUUGUUCAAAAGUGCCGGUCGCCGGCUUGUCAAUUUCCGGCGGCGAUUCUCAGGAUGUGACUGUCCCUGUAGGGUGGCUGUGCGGAUUGUUGUUCUUUGUUUGGGUCCUGCUACUCUCUGGACCGAGCGACUUCUUCUGUAGGUGGAACAUGCUUUAAGACUCUUCUGCCCAAGCCAGCGACUACCUGUGAGUCACCAUGGCAACCAAGCAACCUCCCCCUCUGAUGAAGAAGCACAGCCAGACAGACCUUGUGAGCCGUCUGAAGACACGCAAGAUCCUAGGGGUUGGGGGGGAGGAUGAUGAUGGAGAAGUUCAUAGGUCAAAGAUCAGCCAAGUCUUGGGCAAUGAAAUUAAGUUUGCUGUGAGGGAACCCUUGGGCCUCAGGGUUUGGCAGUUUGUGUCAGCCAUCAUAUUUUCCGGGGUUGCUAUCAUGGCUCUCGCAUUUCCUGAUCAGCUCUAUGAUGCUGUCUUUGAGGAAGAGUUGGUUAACAGUAAGACACCUAUCCGUCUGUAUGGAGGAGCCUUGCUUAGUAUCUCCCUCAUAAUGUGGAAUGCCCUGUACACAGCUGAGAAGAUAAUCAUCCGUUGGACCCUGUUGACAGAAGCAUGCUACUUUGGAGUACAAUUCUUGGUUACCAGCAUCACCCUGGUUGAAAGUGGCCGGGUAGCUAUGGGAGCCACACUCCUCCUCAUCAGUCGGGUCGUCUUUGUACUUAUCAGCAUUUAUUAUUAUUACCAAGUUGGACGCAGACCCAAGAAAGUCUAAUCUUCAAGACUUCUGAGGGCAGAGAGGGGCUUGUCAUAAUUCUUGCAUUCCUUUUCUUCAUUUUGUGGGUGUUUUUCUUUUUUUCUUAAAAACAGACUUCCUUACGUCAUGCAUUGAUGAUGUAUGAAAUAAAUCCAGUGCUGGUGUCACUGCCACAUUGGAUGUGGAAGAGGAGAGGUCAAAGCCAAGGUGUCUGGGUGGAGAGGCUGAGAAAAUGGAGUGCAGAGAUGAGAAAGGCAAGUCAGAGUCGCGAGGGCAAGAUUAGUUAGCUAGACUGUAAAACACGAUCAAAGUUUACACACUUACGGAAACAGAGCAGCAUAUCAAAACUAUAUUCAAAGGGCAAAGACUGUGAAAUAAGCCCUGUGAACAGGCGACUAACUGGGAAUCUUCUUUCUACAAUUGGCUGUCUGCUUCUGGGGCUUUUGACAGCAGUCCACGUGCUGAAUUGUGUGCUGGGAUCUUGCCUUAUAUAGAGGCACAGGCAGUGAUAGCCCCAAGGCUAUAUUUUGCUCAACAUCUCGUCAAUACUCUUAAGAGAUACCUUAGGCAUUGAUGUCACCACCAUAUGCACAACUAUUGAUUUUUUAAAAAAAUGAGCAUUAGCCACAUUAAUUUAAAGAAACGAUUCCAUUGAAAAUAUCUGAAUUGGCUAAUGUUGCUAGGUGGGCCUCUUUGUUUCUUGGCGUGCCUUGCCGCCCCUCCCAGCCCCACUAGCGAUCUUCCUGUUGGUUUAUUCUGUUGGUCUUUUCAGUUCUAGGCAUUACAAAAAUGCUUUCAGAUUAUUCCAGAUACAGUAUUUUGGAAAGGGAAAAGGGGAGGAACCAAUAAAUAAACUGUACGUUCACACAAUCACUUGUUUACAACACCAGCACUAGGUAAUACACUUGAGCAGGAGUAGGCAACUUGUGGCCCACCAGAUGUUGUUGAGAUUCUGGCUCCCGUCAGCCUCAGCCAGCAUAGCCUAUAGUUUGGGAUAAUGGGAGUUGUAGUCCAGCCUCAACUGGAAGGCCAGAAGUUAGCAUCCCUGCAUUAUAAUUGUGAUUUAAUUGCUGCUAGGUGUUGAGUCUUUUAAAUGGAAAAUGUUAUACCUCUGUGGGAACAGGUUUAUAAAUGCCUAUCCAAGAAAACAGCAAGAAAAGGACACCAUAAAAAUUGUCAUAUGAACUCCGUAGACCUAAUUCAAUGCAUAUGAUGAAAUGUGUGAUUUUAGUAUAUCUUUAAAGCCCCUUGGGGUUUUUUUUGGGGGGGGGGUUCCAUCCAUGAAAUGGAUUCUUGAAAUUAGGAGAGCAGGAAGGUAUGUACAUUUGAUACCUAUGGUCACUUGCGAUGUGUGGUGGUAGUUACCCAUUAAGGAUUGCAUCGUGUUGGGUGUAUUGAACUGCUUUUUCCGAUUGUGAAUUGUGGAUCUGAAUCUGUGCCCCGAAGGCUGUUUGUAUAUGCGUUGCCCCCUUUGCAUAAGAAAGAGGCUGGCAUAGGGCCACAAAAUCCCCUGAAUUCUUCAGCUAUGUUAGGGAGCUUAAGCAAAAGUUCUGUGAUCUAAGAUAGCCUCUGUAACGUUUGCCAGUUGUGACAACCCAAAUAUUUGAGGUAUUCUGACUGUUGGCAUUUAUUUUUUAACCAAAAAAUCAAGAUUAGUAUAUGAGUAAAUUUCAUUGACAUCUUCUGCCUCAAACACAAUGAUGUUAGAAAGGCUAGUAUAGUUUUGAUGUAGAAGGCUGUUGCUCUCAAUGUACCAGUGAAUCUUUCCAAAACUACUAUUAUGUUCAAUAGCCAAACAGACCAAAGUUUGAAAUUUCUCCUUCUCUUCCCCCUCACCCCCAGUGGGAAUCUCUGUAGAUAAUUUCAAAUGUAAGUGGGAGGUAUUUACUAAACUCCUACAGACCAGAAACUUAGAGCAGAGUAAGCUUUCUAUGUAUUACUUUGGGCUCUACUCUAGCAUUUCCCCCUUUUUAGCUUUUGAUAAAUGCAAUGAAGUUUCAGAUCUUUGUCCUCCCUUUAAUAUACACCUUACAGUACUCUUUGUUCUUUUUGUACUCUCCUUGAACUGAGACUGGUGGAAUUUUAUAUUUGAUGUGGAUUUCAAGAUUAUGUGCCAAGGCAGAUCUGCUGAGAUGGACCAACUGUUUCGGAGUGGAUGCAACAAAUCUGGAAUAGGUGCAUUUGUUUCUACAUUUGUGCCAGAAUUGCAGUUCUUACAUGGGAACACGUGUUUUACCUUUUAAGACUGAGACCACAUCCUUACAUCUUCAGCAACAAGAAAAAUGUAUUUGGAAAGUCACAGGAACCCUUCAUGGACUGUUGGUAACAUGCAUUGGCUUUUGCCUGCAGUGGUCUCCCAAAGACCACCUUUACCUCCUUUAGGCAUCAAACGUCUGCAUGAACUUGGGCUACAGUGUGUGUUGCACUUACAGGCCACACAAAGAUCAAGCAUCAAGUGGGUUCUCAAAAUUAUUUGAACUGAUGAUCAAUGUUGGUGAUUCAAGUGUAGACUAAAAUCCAAGGGUAGUGCCUAGUAGUCCAGUGUAAGGUUAAACUCCUCCAUGUGAGCAUUUUUGUUACUGCUAUUUUAAAGUGUUGCUCUCAGUUCUUUGGUCUAUGGAAAAGAUGGUCUGUGUGUACAUUAUGUGAAAUAAGUAUGGUUUUCAGCAGUUACUGUCUGGCUUUGAGCAUAGGAGGGGCUGGGGCUGGGCCAUGCCAGUUUUUGAGUUGCUUUCACCUGGUGGCCACACUCAUAAGCUGAGCUUUGGGGAUUGGGAGAAGGAACAAUUCCUUUUAAAUCACAACUUUAACUUUUUUUUUGUCCUACUUCGACUAGCAUUUUAAAAAUCAAAAGCAGCAAUAAAGUCACAUCUGUUUUCAUUUGACCAAAAUUCACCUUGAGAGAGUCAACAAGUCACACAGAUAUUGGUUACCUGUCCUUGUAACAGGGCUACUACCAAGGCUUUCUUGGGCUUGUUUCUGUAUCAGUGACAGCAGAAGGCAUGGGAUGCAUUUAAUACAGAAUAGAAGAGGCCAUCAUUCAGUGGUGUAGAGCACAUACAUAUUUGCAUAUGUGAGGCCUUAUUAAAACGAAGAUGCCCCAAUGUUAAAAGAUUGCCUGUAACAGCAGUGCUAGGAGAGGCCUGUCUGAGACUGGGGCAGCUGCUGCCAUUCAAGGCAGGCAGUACCAGAAUAGAGGACAUUAAGGUGCUCCUUAUAUCCCAUGCCUGAGUAAUGAUGGCUUCAAAGUAGCCUUGCUAUAUGAGAAACCUUAGCAGUUUGGGGAUUGCUUUGCCCACUUUUCUCUGAAAUCAAGGAGAUGGACAAUUGUAUUAAGGAAGAGGGCAGUGUGUCCUAUGAAAAGCAACAGGUUUCCAUGAAGGCAUGCGAUGGAAUGCUCUAAACUGCUGUACUCACCUGUCAGCAGGUGUAUGCCUAAACUGUGUGCCAGAGCACAAGAGUCAAAUGUUGUUUGUAAAUAAAGGUAGCUAUAUCCUUCACACCUGCAUGGAAAUUAAAUGCAAUACUUUAAUGGUA